UGCAGCCGAAGGGGCUCGGCCGCCCAAGUUCCGGAGGCCGAUUUCGCAAGCAAGGAGCCGGGGGUCGUGCGAUCCUCCGCGCAGAGCCAGCACGUUCGCCCUCCUGGGUGGCGGCGUCCCGAGUCCGGGGGAGCCCGGCUGCUCCGUCUCGGCGGAGGGCGCGUGUCCCUUUAAGGUCGGGUAGCGCAGUAGCCGAGGCCAGCCUCGCCGCCUCGUCAACCGGCCGCUGCCGGGCCGAGGGAGGCAGUGGCGGAGCUCCUCCUGCCCCCAGGAGCGCGGUGCCGCUGGCCGCCCGACUUGGCUCGGCUGCGCCCCCACUUCCCGCGUGGAGGUCACCCUCUCUCUCUGUGUGUGCGCGCACGCGUGUCCGUCCGUCCGACCGACCGACCGUGCGGGAAAGGGGGCGGCUGGCAGGCUAACAUGGGAUGGCCGUUCCUAUCCGGUGAGCUCAGCAAUUGGAAAAAGGAAAUCGGGAGAUAAAAAGAGAGAAAGGAGAGAGAGACAGAGGGGGGAAAAAAAGAGCGUGCGAGAGAGGAAAAACUGCUGGAGGAGCUUUGAUCAUGAUAAUUAGAUAACAGCAAUAUCACAAUGACAAUGGCUCCCCGAAAAAGGAAUCGUCAUGCUUUGGGGUUUCUUUGCUGCUUUGGGGGAAGUGACCUACCUGAAAUCAACCUCAAGGACAAUAACCCCCUGCAGUUCUUGGAAUUCUCUGUGCCAAUUCCACCAGCAGAAGAACUCAAUGCAAGGUUCUCUGAGCUUGUGGAUGAACUGGAUCUCACAGAUAAGAACAGAGAGGCAAUGUUUGCACUCCCCCCAGAGAAGAAAUGGCAGAUUUACUGUAGCAAGAAGAAGGAGCAAGAAGACCCUAAUAAACUUGCUACCAGUUGGCCGGACUAUUACAUAGACCGCAUCAACUCCAUGGCUGCGAUGCAGACCUUGUAUGCUUUUGAUGAAGAAGAAACGGAAAUGAGGAAUAAAAUAGUGGAAGACUUAAAAACAGCUCUGCGGACUCAGCCUAUGAGAUUCGUUAUACGGUUUAUCGAGCUGGAUGGCCUCACCUGCUUGCUGAACUUCCUGAAGAGUAUGGACUAUGAGACCUCAGAGAGCCGCAUACACACAUCCGUUAUAGGAUGCAUCAAGGCUCUGAUGAAUAACUCUCAAGGACGAGCGCAUGUCCUAGCCCAUCCUGAAAGCAUCAAUAUAAUCUCUCAGAGUUUACGGACUGAGAAUAUCAAAACUAAGAUUGCUGUGCUUGAAAUUCUUGGAGCUGUUUGCUUAGUGCCAGGAGGACACAAAAAAGUUCUGCAGGCCAUGCAACACUACCAGGUCUACGCAGCAGAGAGAACACGAUUCCAGUCAUUACUCAAUGAGCUAGACCGAAGCAUGGGGCGAUAUCGAGAUGAAGUGAAUCUCAAAACUGCCAUCAUGUCCUUUAUCAAUGCUGUUUUGAAUGCAGGUACUGGUGAGGAUAAUUUGGAAUUUCGACUGCACUUACGAUAUGAAUUUUUAAUGCUGGGCAUACAGCCUGUUAUUGACAAGCUCAGAGGACAUGAAAAUGCAACGCUGGACAGGCACUUAGACUUCUUUGAAAUGGUCAGAAAUGAAGAUGACUUGGAACUUGCAAAGAGGUUUGAAGUGGUGCACAUUGACACAAAGAGUGCCUCACAGAUGUUUGAGAUGGUCAAGAAGAGGCUGAAGCACACAGAUGCUUACCCAUAUUUACUAUCCAUUCUCCAGCACUGCUUGCAAAUGCCUUAUAAACGAAAUGGGGGAACUUUUCAACAAUGGCAGCUGUUAGACAGGAUAUUGCAGCAAAUUGUUCUUCAAGAUGAGCGAGGGGAUGAUCCUGAUGUAGCUGCUUUGGAGAACUUCAAUGUUAAGAACAUUAUUAAGAUGUUGGUAAAUGAGAAUGAAGUGAAACAGUGGAGAGAUCAGGCAGAGAAAUUCCGAAAAGAACACGCUGAACUGUUGAGUAGACUAGAGAGAAAAGAAAGGGAAUGCGAAAUAAAGACCCAGGAGAAAGAUGAAAUGAUGAAGACAUUGAACAAAAUGAAGGACAAGUUGCAGAAAGAAUCCCUGGAACUGCGCCAUACUCGGGACCAAAUGACUGAUCUUGUAUCUCAACUCAGUGAAUUCUCGCAAGGGGGCACCAUUUCCUUCACAGCCCCUCCUCAGCUGCCACCGGGUGGCCCGUUUGCCUUGUCCUCUUCCCUGCCAUCAGAAACCUUGCCACCGCCUCCACCACCUCUCCCGUUCUCCACCUGCCCCCCUCCGCCAGCUCCGCCUCCUCCACCUGGAGGGCCUCCUCCUCCUCCUGGAGCACCACCCUGCUUCAGCAUGACUGCGCCGCCACCUCUUUCCUGCAUCAACACCUUCAGCAGCAGUGGGACCAGCCUUAAGAAGAAAUCCAUCCCCCAGCCAUCCCAUCCACUGAAGUCUUUCAACUGGUCCAAACUGAGCGAGGAGAAGAUACAUGGCACAAUCUGGCAUGAAAUAGAUGAUUUAAGGGCUUUCAAGAUGUUGGAUUUGGAGGAUUUCGAAAAAAUGUUCUCAGCGUAUCAAAGACAUCAGGACCUGCUAACUAACCCUCCUUCCUCCUGUAAGCAGAAGGAAAUGGGAUCAACUGAAGAUUUGUACCUGUCCAGUCGGAAAGUCAAAGAGCUUUCUGUGAUUGAUGGCCGAAGAGCCCAAAAUUGUGUCAUUCUCCUUUCCAAGUUGAAACUGUCAAAUGAAGAAAUCCGACAAGCAAUCUUGAAAAUGGAUGAAGAAGAAGAUCUGGCAAAAGAUAUGCUGGAACAGCUCCUAAAGUUUGUUCCUGAGAAAAGUGAUAUUGACCUGUUGGAAGAGCAUAAGCAUGAAAUUGACCGCAUGGCUCGGGCUGAUCGCUUCCUUUAUGAAAUGAGCAGGAUUGACCACUAUCAGCAGAGACUUCAAGCAUUAUUCUUUAAGAAGAAGUUUCCAGAGAGGCUUGCAGAAGCCAAGCCGAAAGUGGAAGCUAUUCUUUUGGCAUCCAAAGAGCUCAUCCGUAGUAAGCGCCUGAAGCAGCUUCUCGAGGUUGUGUUAGCUUUCGGCAAUUAUAUGAACAAAGGCCAAAGAGGAAAUGCAUAUGGCUUUAAGGUCUCCAGCCUGAACAAAAUUGCAGACACCAAAUCCAGCAUAGACAAGAACAUUACACUGUUACACUACUUAAUUAUGAUCUUUGAAAAGAACUACCUAGAGAUCCUAGAGGUGCAAUCCGAACUGCAGCAUCUUCCAGAAGCAGCAAAAGUCAACCUGGUGGAGCUGGAGAAGGAAGUUAACAAUAUAAAGGCUGGAUUGAAAGCUGUUGAAGCUGAGCUGGACUACCAGAAGAGACGUAUACGGGAACCGGGGGACAAGUUUGUCCCCGUCAUGAGUGACUUUAUCACUGUAGCAAGUUUUAGCUUUUCAGAGCUAGAAGAUCUUCUGAAUGAUGCAAAGGAUAAGUAUGCCAAGGCGCUGAAGCAUUUUGGAGAGGGUGAGGGUCGGAUGCAGCCAGAUGAAUUUUUUGCCAUCUUUGACACCUUUCUGCAGUCCUUUACGGAAGCUAAACAAGAUCUGGAGAACAUGAGGAAGAAGAAGGAAGAGGAGGAGCGAAGAGCACGCAUGGAAGCUAUGCUAAAGGAACAGAGAGAGAAGGAGCGACGGCAGAAGAAAGUGAAAGCUGGCAGCAUCUCUGAGGAGGGAGGUGGCGAGUUUGAUGACCUUGUGUCAGCACUGAGGUCCGGCGAGGUCUUUGACAAAGACUUAUCGAAGCUUAAGCGAAACCGUAAGCGUUCAGGGAACCAAAAUCUGGAGACAAGCCGGGAACGGGCAGUGACGAAACUCAAUUAUUAAAGAGGGAUGACGGCGGAGUUUAUGGAAAACGACAGCACAAAGACUGUUGCCACAACAAAGAGUUAAAGGAGAUGAUGGAGUCUAGGUUGUGUUUUCUCCCAGAGAUUUGCCUAGCCCAUGGCUUUGUUUACAGGUUUGAGGAUGAACAUGCCCUCCCGUCUUGCUCUCUUCCAUUUUUUAUGUAAUCUGGAACGAUUGUCUUAAGUGCCUCUCUAGAGCCAAAGGGAUUUGUCACCAAGACGUUGGCGUGUGCUUCUUGGCCUUUUCUGUGCAAGUUCAGUCAGGUCCUAAUGAUGCAAUGGAAACCACUGGGCCUUCUCUACUGACCAGCUGCAGGGUGGGGAGGGAUGGAGAGAGAAUGUGGUUUACUCUGUGCCAAAGUGUACAUUUUAUAUAUAAAAAGAAUCUCUGUCUCGCUGAGAAAAAUGCAAGAUAUCUCAAGCUGGUUCCUCCAUCUUGACCCCUUUGUGGUUUCACUUGGCUUUCAGGCAUCAGUGAAGGAGCGGUUCUACUGUGUUGCAGUUCUCUUCUUCUGCUAGAUUUUCAAAAGGCCAUUGACUGGAGCCUGAGAAAUGAGGGAAGACGUGUUUUUGUUUGUUUUAUAAAUCCCAAGGACAGUUAGUGGCCUGCAAUACGUAAAGCAAGUGAGGUUGCGUCAGAGGAAGUAGAUAGAGCUGCUCAGAUUGAGAGCUGGAUAAACUGUUUGCAAAACGUAUUGACUUUUUAUUUUUCAGGAAUCAUUUGAGUCUUCAGGGAUGAGCUGACUUUUCAGGGAUGUGCCAAGUCAUGAGAAAGUACGAAGCACCCUAUAAGAGGGACUACAAUUGAUCCAAGCCAGAUCAGUUGUCAUUGCUGGGCAGUGCAGUAAGAAAAGGAUGGACAGUAUAAAAAUAACUCCAAAUAUAAAUUUGUGCAGUUUUGGUAGCACAAUAAAGUGGUUGUUGGCACAAGUAAAGGUGGGACUUUUUAAAGAAAAAAAAUGGACAAAGAGCAUUUAUCUGGGGGCUGAAAGGGAGAAUUAAGUCACUUAUUGGCAGAAUAGCUCUGCUGGGAUGAACUGGAGUGUGCACUUUAACAGUUCAGCCUUUCCAGAAGCCCAACCAUUCCCAGCAGGUGCUGCAGAAUAUUACUAAUGAUGGCAAUAAAACAUUGUAUCAGUAAGGAGCUGGGACUUUCCCACCUGGGCAUAGUGAUGGAGAGAGACUACAAAGGACACUGAAAUGUAUGGUGGACCUGAGGGUAGGUUGCCCCAAUGCACCAUGAAGAAAGCUCUAGAGAUCAUAGUUGGUUGAUCUAGAAAUAACUUGCUGCGUGAUGAAAACGAACACUUACAGCCGAAAAGCACACAUACAGACAUGGAUUCUACUAAUACCUUCCUGAUUCAUUGUCGUCUUACAGCAGUACAGCAGUAGACUAAGGAUGGAGUAGGGCUUUUUAAAAAUUCUGUCCAUAGUUAACAGUUGAUCAGCAUCUUCUCUCAGAAGAACACAGGAAAAAGAUGAGGGGUAGACAUAGGCAUGAAGCACAAAUAAUUCAAAACUCAUUUGGGGGGAAAGAAGCUUCUACACAAUUAAGGAAGCCCAUGAGAUGCCAUGGGGUCCAGAAGGAGCUCAAGUUGUCACUUCAAUCGCUUAUUUUUCUUGAACUCAGAAUACUAUUUAAUUUUAGGCGUAAUCUUGCAUCUAUAGAGCAAAAACAUUCCUACACUUUGAUCAUGAUGGAUACAGUCUUCUGCAUAAACAAUGCUAGAAAAUUAUAGCAAGCAGACAGUGUUGAGAAAAACAAUAGGAAGACUAAAUAAAAUGCUGGCAACUUGAGAUAUUAGUUGGUGGUUAAGGGGGAGAAAUACAUCAAAGCUUUGUAUCCAUUAUUUUGAGUUUCCAAGUUUUGAAUAGCCAGGUUCCUGACAUUCCAGAAUCCAGCAGUUUUGCUGUGUGAAGACCAGUGAAGAUCUGGUCUUGUAAGAGCUUGGGUGGGCGGCCUCUUAGGACAACUUCCUUUCUUCACAGGUCUCAUUUCAAAGACUACCCCCUGAGAACAAAGACAAGUGUUUUUGUUGUGUGUUUUUUUUUAAAAAAGAUUUUUAUUGCUAAAACUUUUUUUAAAAGUUUACAAAUGUGUAUUUCCAGUGUCGUUUUGUGCCCCAAGAUGAUGAUAGAUUUUUAAAACAAUGUGUAAAUGCUGGUUCUAGUUCUGCGCUGUUCCCUGUAGUAGAGAUGUAGUAUUAUGCCAUAUAUGUUGCACUGCAGAAGCCAUAUUAAACUGAAGCAAUAUGUGCCAUAGUGGGAAGCAAGCAAGUAUAAUUAGCUGCAAACCCCUAAUCCCAACAUUAUCAUUUUUUCAGAAGAUACGUGUUUCCCCCUUUCCUUACUCCUUUGCUUAUUUCCCAAGAAGUGACUGCAUACAGAGAUAUCCCAAAAUUCAAGGGCUUGAAUUCAUCUGUGAUCUUCUUUCUCACAGUUUGGAGAAAACAGAGAACCACCUUAUUGAUGUUGAUGUAACCAUGCUGUCAUUUCUUGCUGAUACUGCAACCUUAACCCCAGUUAUGAGAGCGCAGAAUUCUCGUCAGGUUCAAUAGGACCUUCAACAUAAGAGUAUCUUGGGGGGGGGGGCGGACCGCAUUCUAGCUGAUAGGCCAAUUGCCUUGAUGGCAUGCAAAAGUCAUGGAUGGCAUCCACAGAGUACCUUGGGGGGCCUGCUGCUGCAGCAAGUUUCCUAGGAGGUUGUUGCUGUUCUGUAAUUUGUCAAAUCACUUCUGAAUUAUGGUCCUAUCAUUAACAGCUCUGCCCAGGUUUGCAAACUAAACAUUGUGGUUUUCUUUAUUAAGUUAAUCUAUUGUUUGGUCUUCCCUUUUUCUGCUGCUUUUUACCUUUAUCACACAUUAUUGCCUGUUUCCAUUUGUGAGUCUUGUUUCCUUGUGAUAUGCUCAAUGUAAAUCUUAGUUUACUCAUUUUCCUAGAGUCAGCCACCAGGACAUUACAGUGGUGCCUCGCUUGACGAGGAUAAUUCGUUCCGUUGAAAUCGCUGUUAAGCGAAAUCCUGG